GUUAGGUUAAGUUGAAUGUAAAAUUGACAUAUUUGGAUAAUUUGGUGUUUACAUUUGAAUUUAUUUAACAACAAUAUGACUGGAAAGAAAAAGAGUAGUGCCUCUUCAGAAUCCUCUUCCGAAACUACUUCGGGGUCUUCCUCUUCGAGUUCCUCAUCAAGUGGAUCAGAUUCUAGUUCAUCAAGUGAUAGCGAAUCAUCUAGCUCUCAGGAAUCGAUCAAAAAUUCAGAACCAGAAACCCAGAAGAAGACUGCUCCGAUACAAAAAAGUCCUCGUAAAAGCAGCGAUAGUUCCAAACCUUCAAAUGCAAGCAAAAAUGAACCUAAGGCUUCAGUUAAAACAAAAACAGCACCUUUAAAACAGUUGGGCAAAUCAACAGCUCAAAAAGCAUUACCAGAUUAUAGUACAGAUGAUGAUGACAAACAAGUUGUGAAACAAGUAAAAAGAAAAAGUAAUGUUAAACCUAAGGUUAGCGCAACAAUUACACCAAAACCAUCUACAGCAUUAUCACAGAAAACUAUUGCUAAAAAUAUAGCUGGCAAAAAUGGGCAAGGCUCUAAGGGACAAGUUAAAAAUGUUGCGUCCAAAGAGACUAAAUCAAAGGCUAAUCAGAAAAAUGUCAGUGCAUCAAAAGUUUCAGAUCCUAAGAAGAAAAGUAUUUUUUCUCCAGAGAAUAGUUCUGAUUCAGAAGCAGGAAAACCAGUUUCAAAGGCUCAGCAAGUUAAAACCACUUCACAGUCCAAGUCAAAACCGGAACCCAGACCAAAGGCAGCAGCAAAACCUGUUGAAAAAUCAAAGAAUGAAAAGAAAGUGGUUGAAAAAAAAGUUCCUGAAAAAGAGAGUUCUGCUAGUUCAGCUACAUCAACAUCGGCAUCAGCAAGCAGUAGUAGUGAUAGUGAGUCAAGUGAAGAAUCCUCUGAGAAAGAAGAAAGAAAAAUUGUUAAAAAACCUGUAAAGAAACCAGUUGCGGUGACAAAAGAAAAUGCAGUGGGUUCAGAUUCAGAGACUGAACCUAACAAAUCACAACAGGUUACGAGAAAAUUAACCAGGUCAGCUAGUACACGCAAGUCAAAACAUGUCUUGGGCAAAAGUGUAUAUUCAGAUACUGACUCAGAUACUGAAAGUACCAAAAGAUCUCUGAGUCGUUCUCCUGUAAAGAGGGCGCCAGGUGUUACUAAAGGAAAAACUAAGAAUAAUAAAAAGAACGAUACAAAGUCGAAGGUGGUAGAUAAUGUUAUAGUUGAGAGAAAAUGUCCAUUGGAAGGGUGUGACAGCAUGGGACAUUUGAGUGGGAAAUUUGACAAGCACUUUACUUUAGAAGCAUGUCCUUUAUAUCACAAUUUUACAAUAUCACAAUGCAAACAGGAACUGACUGAAAGGAAAAAACGGGAAGAGAUACGUAAAAAAGCGUCAGAACAUUAUAUUAAAUCUCCUAAACAGGCCACGGUUGAACAGAAACUGUAUUUGGCUCGAAUCAAAGAUCUAAGGAUUAAGUUUAAAAUGGAACCCAUGGAAGAUAUCAAACCUCAAAUAGAUAAAAAUAAGGAGCCGGACCUAAAUAAUUUCGUACCUGAAUAUGAUCUGAAACUAUUUAGAGAUGCUCAAGCUAUGGCAAGUGAAAAGAUAGAGGAAGAUUUGAAAAGCUUGCCAAGCACUAAAGGAACGAAAUACAUUGAAAUGGGUAAAUUCGAAAUGGAAGUGUGGUACCAAAGUCCUUAUCCAGAAGACUACGCCCGUUUACCGAAAUUGUAUAUAUGCGAGUUUUGCUUGCGCUAUAUGAAAUCGCGAACGAUAUUGGAGAGGCACGUUAUGAAGUGCGUUUGGCGCCAUCCCCCUGGGGAAGAAGUCUAUAGGAAGGAGAAAGUUAGCGUUUGGGAGGUGGACGGCAAGAAAUACAAGCAAUACUGCCAGAACCUCUGUCUUUUGGCGAAGUUCUUUUUGGACCAUAAAACUUUGUAUUACGACGUGGAACCGUUUCUGUUCUACGUUAUGACAUUGGUGGAUGGGGAAGGUUGUCACACAGUGGGCUACUUUAGCAAGGAAAAGAAUUCCUUUUUGAACUACAAUGUAUCCUGCAUUCUUACAUUACCUCCAUAUCAAAGACAAGGAUAUGGGCGCCUGCUGAUCGAUUUCAGUUAUCUUCUGACAAGGGUGGAAGGCAAAAUAGGAUCUCCUGAAAAACCUUUAAGCGACUUGGGCUUAAUAUCGUAUCGUUCUUAUUGGAAAGACGUUCUGCUAAAUUAUUUGUGUUCUCGAGCAGGGACCACAUUGUCAGUUAAAGAUAUAAGUCAGGAGAUGGCUAUCCAUUCCUAUGACAUCGUCUCCACUCUCCAAGCCCUUGGCAUGAUGAAGUAUUGGAAGGGUAAACAUAUCAUCCUGAAAAAACAAGAUGUCUUGGACGAAUACGUGGAAAGGGUGAAGCGUAGAGGAUCCCUACUCAAAGAGGUAGACCCCAGCUGUUUGAAGUGGACCCCACCUCAAAGUCAAGCGUCCGUAUGAGAAUCGGAGUAAAGUCUUUGAUUCUAACCUGGAAACAAAGACGACCAAAAGGUAUUUUAUGUCAGCUAUUAUAUAGCGAUCUCAAGAGUGUAUGCAUAUAUUUUUGUAUAUAUUUUUCUAACCGUCUGUAUAGUUAGAAGUCUGUAUUUUAAAGUCCAAUUUUUACGUUCAUAUUAUUAAGAUAUUAUUACAGUUAUAUAUUUUUUGUAUAACCAUCUUAUAAAGAUAAAAGUGACAAUCUAUCUACAGGAUGAGUUUUCUACGAUGUCCUCUAUCUUGUGGUAUCUCGGAAACU